AUGGCCAGAACAGCUCAGACUGCACGGGAUCCAUCCGACGAGCCUAUACGGUGGAUUCAACGGGAAUAUGUUGACCACGAAGGCAACACCGUCAUCCUGGGAAAGGUGACGGCAUACGCAAGCAAGUUCUAUCUGCCAGAGGACGGUGAGGCUUACCGGCUUCAAGUCUACAGCACUACUCCCAUCCGGCCAGAGGAGCUGCAGAAACUGUAUGAAUAUUUCUGCUCUGAAGUUAGUCAACCCCCCUUUUUGGAAAUUUAUUCGUAUAACCCACCAGAUGGUCUGGCUUGUGUGGAGCAUCAGCGUCGUGAAACUGCCCAUCGCAAGCGUCUUCAAGCCGAACAGCGCCAAGGCGAAUAUGACGAGUCUCUUCCCCCUUUGAUUCCAAUGAUGCGAACUGGCUUCGAUGAUCAAUUCAUGUCCGGAUUCUGUUUCCUCCUCACGUCCGAGAGCUACCUCCUAGGUUCAUUCCCAGACAAUGACCACGGCACGGGGCCCUGGUGGAUUACUUUUGAUCGGAAUCUUCCGUCUACCGUGAACAAAUUGGACUUGAUUAAACGCCUUGACAGCCCAGUAAAACUUUUGCCGAGUGUGGGGAGUUCAGUCAAUCCCGAAAUUCGCGAUAUCAAAGUGAAUAUUACAACAGACCAAGAUGUAAUGGGCUACAAUAUGAAAGAAAUCUUGAGAGAAACCUAUUCGGCAUAUGCCAUUGGGCAAAUUGAUUAUGGACCUCAUGAACCGCCUCUAACCCCACUUUCCGAGGAGACUCUGACUUCGCAGUAUGUCCAGGAGGUGUUGGAGCAGCAGCAGCAACCGCCAGAAGUCCAACCCGCGGACUUGAAUACACUUCACCUUACAAUUGGGACUGAAAAGGAUACUUUCCUCGCCAAUAUCGAGCAGGAAAAGACCACCCUUCUGGAGGCCACUGCACGCACAUUCACCGCUGGCAUUGUCUCCUGCCUCCCUGUGUCUAAAACAUUUUAUUUUGAGUUCAGGAUCCCCGGCUCCUCGUUGUCUUCCCUUAUAUCUGCUGCACCCAACGGAUUUGAUGUGGGUGCCUCGCAUGAAUUUGAGGCCGGUUCGGUUAUGCGGAUCCAACCACAGAUUGACCGGGACGUCUAUGCCCGGCCGCUUCCCUAUAACUACUUUACAGUGGUUCUUGAUAAGCCUGCCUUUAUCCAAAAACCCAGUGUGCUAUUCUAUACUCUCUGGACCGACCCCUCGCAAUACAUUCAACCUCAGACUUCCGAUAGCGUCAUUGAUACUAGGCGGAGAGCCGGCAUUCAAGAAGCUGCAAGACGGCUUGCAAGGCUUGCGGUCGAGGAAAAAAUCAACCGUAGUCCAGGGAAGCUCACAAAGGAAGAGCAUAGGGAAUUACUAUCCCUGUCGCCGGAGGAGUACGAGCAGAAGAUGAAUUUCUAG